CAGACAGAGCUCCGUGGCCGGCGCUGCUGGGUGGCUGGCGCCUGAAGUGGUGACAGGUCAACCAUGUGGCCCCAAAGUGGACAUAUGGUCUUUGGGAAUCGUGGGCAUCGAAAUGGUGGAACGAGAAGUUCCUUCCUGGAAUGCAACGCCUGUCUUGUCUCUUACAGAAAAGACCUUGGAACCACAGUGGGAAGGACCAUUCCAAGUGCUUCUCACCACCUUCACUGCAAUCAAAAUCAAGGAGCAGAACGCCUGGAUUCAUCACUCUCAGGUGAAGAAGGCCCAGAAACCUCUUGAGGAGUGACGCCAGGAGACAAUGAACUGAGACUAAAACUUACUCGGGCAAAAUGAGUAUAUUGCGGUCGGGAGUAGCUCAUAUUUUAGUUUGUAGAAUUGUUUUGUGUGUUAUCAUAACUGAAGUUUUAGAACUUGAAAGUACCUUUAUUCAGAGCAAUGCUGAAUGGCCUUGGUCCCAGGCGUUUAAUCAGUAUACUGGAUCCAUGGGAAAACCUUCUGAGAUAAAGGAUUUAAACCUAUCCACUGUGGUAAUUCAUGGAGAUCAGGUAUAUGGGGAGCAGGAAUGGCAGGAACGGAAGCUGUGGACACUUCAAGGGAUCAGAGGAGAAGAAAUUAAGGUAGGGUGCCGGAUGAUAAAUGGGACAGCUUAUGAGAGACCAAAUGAAAUUAGUGUCUCAACCUCUCCUGGUGUACAUGAACACCAGGAAAUCUGUGAUAGCCCAAAUGAAUCAGACUGCUGGUGCAAUUUCACCUUAAUACAGCCUGUAGAAAUAACUUGCCUUUGGGCACAGGAAGAUAUCGGGCUUUCAUUUAAAUUCAAAAUAGAUACUACACCUUUUACCACAGCAGAAUCCUAUACAGCCCACACCAAGACUCAAAUAGUUCAGACUCAACCCAAACUUGAACCUGAGGUGUAUGGGGUAGGCCCCUAUGUAGUAAGGAAUGUGGGUGAGCAGCAACUAUUAUUCAAUCCAGAAUGGUCUCUCAAACGUGUGGAGUUGAUAAUGCAAAUUAACAUCUCAAAAAUCCAACCAGCCUGCUCCUCCUUCCUAAAAACUUCCUUUGAGGGCUGGACAACAUGGUUACAAAAACAGGCAUACCUCAGGAGCAGAACAAGAAGGGAUCUAACUGGCAUAUUAGGGACAGGAUUAGGAGUUUUAAAUGGAAUUGAUUCGGAAAUACUGAUGAAUAGGUUGGCCACUGCAGCAAGUAGCCUAACAAAAUUGAAGCAACCCUUGCAGUCAUCUCUAUUGGCAUUAGGAACUAGCCAGUGGCAGAUUUCGAAAGUUCUGUCAAAAUGGGAAACGGCCGGGGACCAAGACCACAAGCUGAUAGUAGAAGCACUUGGUACAGUUCAAGAUAAUGUGUCCUUAGCUUUCAGUUGUAUACAAGCACAGUUAUGGAUGCAGGCAACAGCAGCUCUGAUCAUACGGAAAGGGGGUGAAGGUAAUUUUCCAGCUGAAAUUCGGAAGGUUGUGUGGGAUAAUGCAAUUGAUUUUGAAAGGAAGUUUCAGUCCUGGUGGACUAUGGUGAAUUUCACCUAUGAUCCUGUUUCUAAUGUGGCAACUGCCUUUGUGCUUACUAUUAAUGCUCAGGAUGUGUGUUUGGACACUGAGCAGAGUAUUUGUCACUUUGAAAUUCAUCCAGUCACUGACCAUAAAACUGUGCUCGUAUAUACUGGAAAAGGGUGUAUGCUUGAGAACUGCUUGUGCUGCUGUACAAAUUGAUAGCAAUGAUGUUAUUCUGUCUAGUAGAAACCAUUCUAAUCUCUGUAUAUGUAAUUUUGUUAAGA